AUGUUUAAAUAUAAUAUUGAUGAAUAUUCAGCAUACAUGAUAUCACAUGAUCAAAUUAGCUUAACAUUUAGGGGAUAAAUGUAAUAUUAUCAAAAAUAUUAGAACAAAGGAUAUUUAUUAAUUCAAAUUUUUAGAAUUUGACAUUUUAGAGGAAAUAUUAUUUUUAAAAUAAGAAGAAACUGCAGUUUCAUUACCUUGGGCUAAAACAUUAAUUAUUAAUUUUUGGAAUGUUCCAAAAGAGAAUUAUACAUUAUUUAAUUUAUAUGGAGGCAUGAAAAUCCUAUUUGAUAUGGAAAUUAUCAAAGAUCUUCAAGAAGUUCAAUUUAAGUUCUUUUCAAAUGAAUAGAUUUAAGCAUUAAUAAAAUUAAAAUGGAUAUAAUCUGACAAUACCAAUUACUUUUAUUUCGAAAUACAAGAGGAAGUAUGUAUUUAUUGUGAAUAAUUUUAGAAUUAGUAUGAAUUAACUUUAUAAUGGAGAGAUCUUAUUUAAGAUGCUGAAUGUUCUAGUUAGGAAUUAGAGAGACAAUUAUUAAGGAAGAACCUUCCAAAAUUAUUAAAUAAAAUAGGAGAUUAUAGGUAAAAGGAAAUGUUGAUUAUUUGUUAGUAACAUUUAUGAUUAAUAGGAGUUAUUUGAAAUAAUAUUGGAAAAUCAGUACGAUAGUAUUUAUGUAUAUUUUCCAUCAAUAAUAAAAUUAAAAAUUCAUGCAAAAAUAUUUGAAGAGAGCGAAGAAUAAUUUAGAUCAGUAGAAUUGUUUAUUCAUAAUUAAUGGUUUAAAGAAAGAUCAGAUAAUUUAAUAGCUUAAUUUGAAAUACUACAUAGUCAGAUUUAAAGAUCAAUGAGUGAUUAUAAUGAUGAAAUAAUAUUAGAUUAUGCAUUGAUUUAUGAUGAAGAGUAAAUAAAUUGUUCAUAAUUAAUGAGUAAGAUUAAUUCAUUGAUAAUAAAAAUCUUAUUAACAAAUAAUAGAAGAAUCUAAACUAUAUUAUUAUCAUUGAUGCCAUUGGAAAUACAUUUUGAAUUAGAUAUUAAGAAAUAAGAGUUAAAUUUAGAUAUCAAUUUACAUCAUGAAGAUCCUUAAGACAUAUAUUAGGAAGGAUUAAUUAUUUUAUUAUAGACAAUAACAACAUGUAAAUUGUUUUAAUCUUUGAAAGUGGAUAUUCAAUAAGAGGAUGAUUCAAAUAAUAUAAAAUUUUUACUUUUUUCUUUUGUAAUGAUGAUUCAUGAACUUUAAUAAACUUUAUAAAACAAAGGAACAUUUACAUAUAAUAAUUAUUCUUUGAUUCCAAGAUACAAUUCAGUUUGUUCUAAAGGUGUGAUGAAUUAUUUAAUCUCAGAAAGAAAGUAUAGAUUAAUAAUAAUAUUUAAGAUCUAUUUAUUAGAUUUCUGAGAAAGAUUAUUUAGAUAUUUAGAGAGAGAUGGGAUGUUUUGUUUAAUAUAUAAGUCAUUAUGCAAAGGAAAGUAAUUCAAUAUUGAUUUCGUGUGAUUUAUUUGAAUUAAGUAAUUCUAGUAAAUAGUUUUAUGAUUAAUUGACUUAUUAAUUAAUAAAAUAGAUGGGAUUAUUAGAAUUUGGGAUAUUGGAUAGUGAGAAUAGAGAUUAGAAAUAUUAUGAAAAAGUAAUUGAAUAAUUAUUAUUACCAUUGAUAAAAUAUUUUAGAUAUAAGAAGAGAAUAUUAACAAGUUUAUUGAUAAUAAAUAAAAUAUAUGUAGGUAGAAUAAGAUGGGAAAGUAUAAAAGAAAUAAUAAAUUAUUUGCCAAAUGAAUAUGAAUGUUUAAUAAAAAAAUAAAAUUGA